AGAGUCCAAGUCUCUCAUUAGUGAAACAUCAGUUGAAUUCAGCGAACAUGAGUGAAAAACUGGGAAAAGAAUCUAGGGAGUCAAAAUCAAUUUACAACAGGCAAAAGGCACUUCAGAAAACUGGCGCUCAUCUAAAGAAGUCUACAGACUGGAAAUACAUCAUGAUACCUUGUCUGGUUAUAUUUUUCUUGAAAGUGAUACAAUUUGUGGGAAUUUUAAUGCUGUUUUACUUUUCCCAGGAGUACACGCAUGAAGAAAUCAUAGAACAGCUUCCUCACAAGUAUACAGAAAACAGAAGUGUAGAAAGUAUGGAAUGUGAAUGCAAUAAAUCCAACACAAACUGGCUAACAGGGGUCCUGAGUGACCUUAACGAAAGGUCAUGCCUCAGAUCAAAAACAACUGGUACAGGAUUAAGAAUGCAUUGUUGUCCUGAAGGAUGGAAGUUACAUCAAGAAAGCUGCUACUAUUUUUCAUAUGAAAAUCUAGAAAGAGAUGCCAGCAAAAAAUACUGCAUUAUAAAGAAUGCAUCCCUAGCUGUGAUUCUUACUGAAAAAGAACUGAUAUUUAUAACAGAAGUCACUAGAAAGAGUUACUAUUUAUCUAAUCAAAAAAUAUAUUACUAUUAUCCAUACUGGAUUGGUAUAAAGCAGGAAGGAGACACGUGGAAGUGGGAAGAUGGCACACCAUGGAACACAAGCUUAUGUGCAAUUGAUACAUACCUCAUGGGAUCUUGUGCAGUGAUCACUAAUCAGAAAGUUUAUAGUCGACGUUGCAGUGACAAGUUGCAUUGGAUUUGUGAAAUGGCUGCUAUCAAAAUCGAGAGAUAACUGGCUUCAAAUAAUGAAAAAGUCACUGCAACUUGUUGUAGAGUGAUAAAAUAGAAAUGGGUCUUCAUGAUCAUAUGGUUAGUAGAAACAGUGUAAUUGUAGUAUAUGAUUUAAAAACAGCAAUUUGAAAUAUAUACACAAAUAUAAACAACAAUGUUGAUGUUAUGACUUCUGCAAGAACAUUUCUGGCUCUGCAUUUAUUUCAUUUAAGAUACAAAGAGGCAUAGUAGAAAAAAAUCCAAGUAUCACCAUUUAAUGGGGUAUACGGUACCUCAGAAGUUUAAAAUGGUCUCCCCAGGUAUCAGUAGCUUGUACUGUAUUUUUUGAA